UUAGUUUGUGGGAUUUUUAUUACAUCACUUAUUGACUCAGAAAGUUUCGAUUUUUUCUUAUUAUCUCUUUUGGGUUGGGAAAUUUGAUUUCUCUAAUUAGGGUUUUUCUUAAAUCGUUGAAUUUUGUUGUGGGUUUUUUGUUUUGACUGUAAAAGAUUAAAUUUUUAGUGUUGGGUAAUCAAGAUUCUUGUUUUUGUGCUCUUUGUUCUAUUCCGAUCGAUAUGGGUUGGGUUUCAGAAUCUGCUUCUGUUGAUGCUUUCAGUGAAAUGAUGUCAUCGAUGCCUGGUUUUCGAUUUCAUCCUACAGAUGAGGAGUUGGUGAUGUACUAUCUGAAAAGGAAGAUUUGUGGGAAGAUGUUGAAAUUCAAUGUGAUUUGUGAAACUGAUGUUUACAAAUGGGAUCCUGAGGAUUUGCCUUAUCAAUCUUUCCUGAAAACUGGAGAUAGGCAAUGGUUCUUUUUCUGUCACAGAGAUAGGAAGUAUCCUAAUGGUGGAAGGUGUAACCGAGCAACUACACAUGGAUACUGGAAAACAACAGGAAAAGAUAGAAAUGUGAUGUUUAAUUCUCGGUUGGUUGGAGUUAAAAAGACACUGGUUUUCUAUUUAGGCCGAGCUCCUAACGGCGAACGAACUGAUUGGGUUAUGCAUGAAUACACUAUGGAUGAAGAAGAGCUUAAGAGAUGCCGUGAUGUUAAGGAGUGUUAUGCACUUUACAAGUUGUUCAAGAAAAGUGGACCUGGUCCUAAGAAUGGCGAACAAUAUGGUGCGCCAUUUAAAGAAGAAGAUUGGUUAGAUGACAAUGUUGUAGAUUUUAAUGUUAAAUCAGCUCAGCUGGAGGCUCCAAAGGAUGAUGUUCCUAACCCUUUUACUGAUCAGCCACAAAAAUUGGCUGUUGUUAAUGCUUUUACCGAUCAGCAGCAGCCGUUGUUUGGUGAUGACAUUGAUGAAUUCUUUAACGGGGCUUUUGAUGUCUCGCCUGUCCUUGACCAGCAAUAUAUUACCGAUCAGCAGCAGCCGUUGUUUGGUGAUGACAUUGAUGAAUUCUUUAACGGGGCUUUUGAUGUCACGCCUGUCCUUGACCAGCAAUAUAUUACCGAUCAGCAGCAGCCGUUGUUUGGUGAUGACAUUGAUGAAUUCUUUAACGCGGCUUUUGAUGUCGCCCCUGUCCUUGACCAGCAAUGUAUUAUUGGUUAUACCGAAUUUCCUCAGCUGUGUGAUAUUCAACAAAGUGUGGUCAUGGGUCAAUUUUAUCUGUAG